AUGGUAGGUAACUGGAGCCCCCCUAUCCACGGUUUCCCCCGCCUAUCCUGUCGUCAUCAUCACAACAUCUAUCCCCAGUUAGCCAUAAGGGCCGCGUGGCGAUUCUCAGUACUAUCCUCUGACCUAGGCAAGCCCUAUGUCACGUCAGACUGGAAAAUUUCCAAUCUCGAAGAUAAAAGGGGGUUGAAAAUUAAAGCAGUAACUUUAAAGGAACCGGAAAAGGCCAGUCCGGGUAAGUAUGAGGUCAAGGAGGCCAGCAGUAGUAAUCUCCUUAAGAGUGACAGAUCUGCAUCAACAAGUGCUGCAAAGUCUAUAAAGGACUGCACCAUCGAUAGCCGCAACUCACAGCUAUACCAAAAGAUCAAUCGGCUGCAGCAGUCAAAACUGCAACCUCACCGGUCUCAGCCAUCGAGACGUCACAACGAUGACUGCAAAAUGCCUGAUGUUUCCUGUCUCAACAGGUGUUUCCCACCACCCGUGAAGCCUUUCGUGAAUUUAUUCUGUCUGUCAGGGGUGCUACUGCAUCACCUGUCACUAUCUGCAUCACCUGUCAAAAAAAUAAAACUAGAAAUCGAUAAUGAAGAAACCGAAUGCGGCGCCGGAAAAGAAGGCGAAGCGAGAACCCGUGCGGUCCGUAAUGGAAAAGGGUCCAAUAAUGGUCCUAGUAGUCCAAAUGUCCGGUCGGACACACCCGCUUCGGAUGUAUCUGUGAGCAAUCUGACAAAAAAGUUUGGAUCUCGUACGGUUACUCCGUCCACUAGUCUAUGUGUUCCCUUUCCAACACCCAGUCCAUCGAUUAGUCUACAUGCAAGUGACUUUUCCGACUCAGAGUCCACCAUCUCUACGUCCGUAACUGAAAAUGACUUCCCCGAUUCAGUGUCUACCAUUUCCACACUCGUAACCGCAAGAGAGGCUCCGCCUGUCCUCCAGCAACCGCAACCGAAUAUGCACAGCGAUGAGGACCUCUGGUGUAACUGGGAUUCCUGGCAGCCCGUCUCUCAAUAUCAUCGUCACAACUGGCUGCCUUAUAGUGUCACCUAUUCCCGGGGUUUGCCCACCAGUAUUACCUAUCGUCGUCAAAAUAUAAAUUAUCAGUGGUGUCGUCCCGGCUGUACACCUCGUACGCCCUCAUAUAUACGUCAUAAUUCUUCUCUUCGUUUCAGACUAACGCCACCACGUUAUUAAUUGUGCCUCACACAUGUGAGGUCAUUACUUCUCCAAUUCCUUUCGUCCUAUUCAUUUCCUCCUCCUACCCAUCCCUUCAUAUUGUUCUUAUGUAGUCAAGGCCAGAGGAUCUAGCAACCUUAUAGCAGGAAACUGGAACCUCCCUUUCCACGGUUUCCCCCGCCUAUCCUAUUGUCAAUCUGCAAAGGACUAUCCCCAGUUCUUUGGGUUGUCAAGGCCCGCGGAUCCGGCAACCCUAUCGCAGGUAACUGGAGCCCCCCUAUCCACGGUUUCCCCCGCCUAUCCUGUCGUCAUCAUCACAACAUCUAUCCCCAGUUAGCCAUAAGGGCCGCGUGGCGAUUCUCAGUCCUAUCCUCUGACCGUCAUAAAUCCUUCCAGAUCUCCCAAAUUCAUUAAUCAAUUCUCCCAGAUUCCCUAAAACCUACCCCUCACCUGUCUUCCUCUAAAGUAAUUCCCAUCUCAUAACUAGUAGGCAAGCCCUAUGUCACGUCAGACUGGAAAAUUUCCAAUCUCGAAGAUAAAAGGGGGUUGAAAAUUAAAGCAGUAACUUUAAAGGAACCGGAAAAGGCCAGUCCGGGUAAGUAUGAGGUCAAGGAGGGUAAGUAGAAGGUCAAAAGGAGUACGCAGAAGGUCACAAGUGCAAAUGUGCCCGUCUCCAGGGUCAACGUAUUGCAAUAGUCAAGGUCCCAACUACCAGGCGAAAAUCACCUCGAAAUAUUCUCCGAACGACAAGCAAAAGUCCUGAGAGUUCUUGUCAUAAUGGCCGUAAUUUCAACAGUACAUCGGCCUCUCUGCCAUAGCGCCAGUCCCGCAAUAGUAACAGCAACAUUCGACAGCAACAAUUUCUGCAACGGAAACAAAAGUGUUAGUAUCAACAAACUUCUCGCAAAUAGGAAAAUUGCAAUAUAACAGCGGUAUAUAUUGCAUCAAUUGUGGCAAUAACAACCAGCAGCAGUAACCUUAUUAAAAAUGACUAUUCUACAGGCGAAGAUCGCUCAGACCGAAAAUUGUAUCAUCAGGCACUACAAGACCCACAAAAGACUGCACCAUCGAUAGUUGCAAGUCGCAGCUCUAACCGAAGAACGAUCAACUGCAGCAGCCAAAACUGCAACACCAAUGGUCUCGGCUAUCGGAAUGUCACAGCAAUGAAACCUAAACGAAAAUCUUACCCCCGCAAACCGCGACAGCAAUCUGAAAGACUCAGGGAAUAAUUGCAAACAACUAGAACUGCCACAAAUAAUCGCAGCAUUCCUUUCCAUAAAAACAGCAACAUUUCUACAGGCGAAAAUCCCUCAGGCCGAAAAUUGCAUCAUCAAGUACUGCUGGGCCCACAAAAGACUGCACCAUCGAUAGCUGCAAAAACGUAGCUCCGUCUGAGGACUAAUCAACUGCAGCAACCAAAACUGUAACACCAACAGUCUCAGCCAUCGAAAUGUCAGAGCAAUGAAACCCAACAGAACCUACCCCCAAAAUCGCGACAACAAUCUGAGAGAUUCUGUCUGAAAAAAACGACUGCUCCAUCAGCAGUGGCAUCAAGGUCGACAGCCCAAGUUGUUAGCUUCCCAUUUAUGUGUAUAACCUGGUCAUAAUAGUAAUGACAGCAAGGCAAAUUAAAAUUAUCCUUAACGGCCGCUCCCAUCAGAAGUAUAAUUAACACUUUCGGCCAGUAAUUGUGGCAAUAACAGCCAGCAGUAGUAAUCUCCUUAAGAGUGACAGAUCUGCAUCAACAAGUGCUGCAAAGUCUAUAAAGGACUGCACCAUCGAUAGCCGCAACUCACAGCUAUACCAAAAGAUCAAUCGGCUGCAGCAGUCAAAACUGCAACCUCACCGGUCUCAGCCAUCGAGACGUCACAACGAUGACUGCAAAAUGCCUGAUGUUGUAAUGGCCAAAUUUCGACAACAACACAAGAAACUUAUUUUCAAAUUGCGACAACAAUCUGAAAAAAGAUCUUGGGAAUAUGCAACAACUAAAUUUAUAGCAAUAGUUGCAGCGUUCUUUCCCAUGAGAAACAGCAACAAAAGGCGGCCAUAACAACAAUUACAGCAUGAAAAACUGGACAUCUACAAUGGUCAAAAUCGCAACAGUAACACAAAAACUUCUUUUCAAAAUUGCGACAAAAAUCUGAAAAAAACUCAGGGAGAAUGCAAUAACUAAAUUCAUAACAAUAAUUGCAGUCUUCUUUCUUAUGAAAACAGCAACAAAAAACGGCGAUAACAACAAUUACAACAAGAAAAACUGGACAUAUACAAUGUCACAGGACCCCUGUUUAAAAAUUGCAACAACAAUAGUUGCAGUGAAUCAUAAAGGCAAUCGAAAUUGCCGCAACAUUCUGAAGAUUGAAGUUGCUGGUCCACAGCGCGGUUAUAACAAAACAGCGACACAUACAUAACAGCUGCCAUGGCAACGGCCAUUCGCCCCCGUGCUCAGCACACAUGUGCCAGUUGUCAUGUCAAGUACCAAUUGUCUCUGUGCGCAGCAUACAGCCAUAACAGCUUGGACAACAAAAAAUCGAAAUAUCACCAAUUUCCCAGGGACCUAUGUCCAAAUCUUCCAAAUUAGUCGUCGAGCAAGCCUGCGCAACGCACAGCGGUAGUUAUCUUCCUAACCAAUAACACACAUAUAGUGACCGCAUCCGCCAUAUAGUAAAACAAUUUCCAUAAACUUCGACGGCAGCUAAAAAUUUCUCCUUUAUUUUCCUCUGUAGGUAUUAAAUAAAGCCCAUUUGGCGAAACAAAAAACGACAGCAGCAAAAUCUCUCUUCAUUCUCCUCUGUAUUUAUCAAUUAACGGGAAAAACACAAAGGUUGGAAAACAGUAUUAAGGCUUUCACAGCCCGGGACGGAUACCCUUCCUGCAAAGUGUGUGAAAUUUGCAGGAAAUUAUUUAUAAAAGAAACUCCUGCCCGUUGUGUUGCCGGUUGGCCUGUCCUUAUAUGACCAGCUGGUCUAUCCAAA